AUGGCUACAAACGUUUUCACCUAUAAAAACCUUUUGCAAGCUCUACUAGAGAACAACCCAGGAAACCCAAGCGCCCAUCAGCCAAGGGCACCUCAGACCGCUGCGGGCUAUGGGCCCACAAUCGAUCACGCCCCAGUACAUCCAACGCCGACAAAUAGACAAUUCCCUGGAGACCAAGUUGAGGACAACCUUAACUUCAGAAACGCUGCCAACUUCGUUUAUCGGGUGGGGCUACAGCUAGAGGCCGCGGAACUAGAUCCCUACGCCGAUGUCCAUCCGGUCGACGACGGCAUUCGGAGAUGGUUACACGUGUAUCCCCUGGUCUGGGACCUGUAUGUGGCAAAGGAUCUCGAUCGCCGCAUAUGGCUUGCGGAUGCCCGUCUCAAGCACCACGAAGCUCAGCAGGCCGCUCGCGUCUCUAGGGCUUUAGAUCGACUCACAGGCGGUGGCACCGAUUCCAGGUGGGAUCCCAACAAGCCUGUACCGUCCCAGCAAUUUCAGACUCAGUCGGAGAUUGUGCAGGCACAAUUCGUGCAGCCACAACACAGACAGCCGGAAUUCAUGCAGGCACAAUUCGACCAGCAACCCCAGCAGACAUCCCAGCAGACAGGCCAGCGGCAACCCCAACGGCAGGCAAACCAGCAGCAACCCAAGCCCGCCCAGCAGCCACCCCCGCUCGCUCAAAAGCACUCCAAUCCCGCUGGACAGCAGACCCAGAACCAAGCAGUAGUGUGCAAUACACCGGAGGAGUUCUGGAGGUUUCUGGACACAAUAGAUGCCGACCGCCCCAGUGGUCAAUGCCCGUUUCCUCCCAGACAGUCCACCUCGACCGACAGGGAUGGUAUUGCGAGGGCUGGCAAGUACUUUCAUCUCUACGCUGAUGAAUGUCCUGAUAUCUUUUACGACCAGUCUGCGGCAAAGGAAUCCAACUCCUGCCCGAACUGUGCCCUACCAGACUAG